AUCAGUUCGUUCUUCCAUUUCGUUUGAAGUAUACCGGGGCCUUUAGGCUAUCUAGGAUGUUAAAACUAGAUCAGGUCAUGCACAGCGGUGUUAUUUGUGCUAGUUGAUCAUUUUAUUUAUUGCAAGAAUAUAAUAAAUGACACAUUUUCUAUCCGUUGGAUCAAUGAUUGUUGAAUUUGGCCUAUUUUUUUAUAUAUAUAUUUUAAAGUUCUAAUUGCAUCUUAUUGUUAUUUCUUUGGACCUCGUGUAGUUUUUUUUACAAAAAUUUCAUAACUCUGUCAACAGAACAGAACAAGUGCCUGUCCUAUGUUUUUUUUUUGUCUUUUUCGAUAAUCUGUUUCACUUGAAUGCACAUUAUAAUAUGGAAGAAAAAAUCUGUCGCUACUUCUUUGUGACUUUAAUGUUGUGAAUUUGUUGAUCUUUUAUAAGCUCAGGUUAUAGUUUCAUUUAAGUAUCAGCUUAGUCUCAGAUGUUUCUCCUAAAAUUGUUUAGGAUAGAUAUAAAGCAUUUGUCUUCUUACAGAAAGACCAUUUUUGAAAGUCAUAUUGAGAUUUCUCAGAACAUUGUAAGGUUUUUCUGGAACUAAAGACACCUUCCUUUUUUUUUUUUUUUUUUUUUUUUUAAAGGAGAAAUUGGGGACAUGUUUUGGCAGGUAAUAAAACCAGUGUUUUCAGCCGGAUACUAAUUUUACAUUAACAAAAAGUUAGUAAACAUAAAUAUAAAGGCUAUCAGAAAGCAUUUAGAUUAGGUAAGAAAAAACAGGCAUGUAAUGCUUAACCAAGUAUGAUGUGACAUACUACAGCAUGUGGAAAUGCUAAAUGUGCAUGAAGAGAAUGAUUUGUUUUGGAAAAUGAAUUUGUCAUAUAUACAAUUUGAAAACAGUUAGUAGCGUCAAUGUAGCGUGAUUUCAGGAGCAUGUCGUUCAUGGUUUGCAGAUUGCCGGCUGCAGCUGGUGAUAUUUUUUCUGAGUUUCCCACAGACCAGAUCUUGAUUCCAGCACAUGUAUGCUAUACUGUAGAUCUAUUCAAAACUUCAGACCUGCUUUUGAUUUGCUAAGUUUCCUGUUAUAGAGAGUAACUGGCAUUGCUAGGUGGCAGAGUGCUUUUCCAUCUCAGAGCUUGUGUCAGAUAAUUUUGGGGCAUUUGAAGUAAAAUAAGGUUAGCAAGAAGAUGCCGUAGUGUGUAAUUUGAUUUUUCACAUAGAUUGAAAUGGACUUUCUAACCACUGUAUGAAUGCAACAGAAAUAGACAGAUUAUUUAAUCCAAAAAAGACUGAAAUGUCUAUUUUUGCAUGUAUUGAGACUCUGACUUUUAAAAUGGUUUAUGAAUUAUGAUAGAGAUAUUGAUAGAGAUAUCUAAUCACUUAUUUUUGUCUAGGUUCAUUUUGUCAUUGAUUAUCCACAGUGUUUCAAAUACAUUGUUUAUUGAACAUCCUUGAAUACUGUUCUUCCUUUUUUGCUUUUGUUAUAUAUAGAAAAUGAGUCAGUUAUAUCUUCAAAUAUGUUAUUUUCCUCACCAGGACAGAGUUUAUUGAAGUAAGAUUAUUCUAUGAGAUGUCACCGAAAGUCUCAAGAAACUUGAGAGCAAAUUUAUCAAAGCAGGUCAGAUCAGUACAAGAGUGCCUUCUACUGGGCAACAGAGGAACAACAAAUUUUGUGUGUUUUUCUAUUUCAGUAAAUGAUUUGUGUUAAUAUGAAUUUCGCACAUAAAGGAAGGUGUUAAUUUUAUCUGCAUUAUUCUUUUGACAGUCAUUCUGUAAGAUAAGAUAUUUUAAUUGAAAUUCUAAAAUGAUAGAUUCUGUAGGCAGUUUAUUUUCUGUAGAUUAUUAUUUAUUUGGAGAAAUGUAAUUUAAAUACUGACAGUUAAAUAGGUUAUUUAAUAGGUUAUGUUUACAUAUUUAUACUCAUAGAUUUGAUCCGGUGAUCCCACUCGCUUCAUUUACAUGCAUCUUUCCUUAUUUAAAUGCUGUUUGGAUCCACAAAACAUUUCAGAAGCAAUACCACUUAAACAGACAGCAUUGUUGAAAUGAUUACCUCCCAAGCUUUCAUAGUGAGAGGGCUAUAAUUGCAUUCCUGUGCAAUGUUAGCCCAGUAUUUGGCUGUGUGUGGACCCUGAUGACCUGUGAGAUGUAUAUAGUAAACAGUGCUUGCUGGCCGUAUGGCACGGCUCCCAAUCAGGGCUAGUGUCCAGACCCCUGCCGUUCUGUUCGCAGGAUUAUCUGCCGUCAUUUUUUGUUUUUUUAACCAAGCCCAGCGUUACUGCGGCGGACUUUAGUUUUAUUUUAAGUCAGAAAGUUCACACUAAAAGCACUUAAAACUCAUAGUCUUAUAAUAAUAAUAAAACUAAAAUUUCUUAAAAUUUUGAAUAACUUACUCUAAUAAUAUUGCCAAUUAAUUUAGCCAUGUUGAGUUUGAUUGAUGCUAAGGACAUAAGUUUAAUUACAUAAGGCAUUUUCAAGAGGUUUGUUUUAAAGGUAUUUUCAAAUAAGCAAAAUAAACUGAAAAAGUUGAUGACCAAAAAAAAAAGUUGAUUAAUCUGUCUAUAGGUUUGCCGACCCAGACCCUGGAGUAAGGGUUACCUGUGGCGCUCCACUUCUCCUCUCCCAACAAUGUUCCCAAUAUCUCCGGCUAAAUCACAUUCCUCAGCCAGCGUCACAAUGGGAGAACUGUUUGAUGGUUAGUCUCUCCCUCUCUUGCCCAUGUCUCAGGUAUUCCCCUUACUUAGGAACCUGAAGCACCCAAACCUCUCAUAACCUCUGUCGCUAUAUCACUUUUAUGCUUGGGAGACAAAAAAGCUUUUGAGAAAAGAGAAAGUUUUAAAAGUUAAAAAAAAUAUAUAUAGUGAUAUUGUGUUUUAAUAAUAAAACCGUUUGCAGAAAAAAAUCAAAUAAUCUUUAAAAAAUAUUUUAAAAAGAAUGUACCCGCAUGCUUAAUUUUAAAGAUGAAUAAAUGAUUAAAAGUUUUCUUUAAUUAGAAUACACUGUAGAAACUUACAGUGGUUAUACAGUGUCGACGUAAAUGAUAUCAGGAUGGAUAACUUUGUUAAUAAAUUACAGUAAAAUAAUUUGAACAUUGUAAACGCAGAACUGUCAAUAAGCGUUGAAUAUUUCUGUUGGUGUGCUCGACUAUGAUUUGAAAAUAAAUUUGCCCCCAAAAAGAAACCUUUUUCCGGCAUAGGGGGAAGAAGUCCAAAACAAAACAUUGCAUGAUAGUCUUUAAGUAGUUCCAUCUGUCCAGCAGAAUUUCAGGCUAAUAGCCUGUGGCGCAUCAGUCCGUUCCCUUAACUCCCGCAACCUGACUCUGUCCUAUUAAAUCUCUCCACUCCUCCAAAAAAAAAAGUGAAUGAAGGAGAAAAAGAUCUUGAGCAGACCUAAGUCAACUAAAUUGUGAUAGUGAUGAUGAUGGUGAUGAUGAUGGUGAUGGUGGCAGUGAUGAAGCGCGAGCCCUAAUUAAGGAGAAAAAAGGACCUCAGGCACUCAGUGAUGUGGAAAAAAAGGGCUCAUCAUUGUGGUGUAUUUUUUUAAGGACAGCUCGCUCUGUGAGCAGAUGACUGCCGCUCACCUUGCCACGGGGUCUGCGUGAGAUUGGUUCAUUGUCAAGGAUUUUUUUUACCCAUGAUUCCAUAUGGUAUGGAGUGGGCUACAUGUUGCCCAACAUGCCAGUGCAAAUGUUUUCUCAAUUAGGUGUCUUAUCUCCGGUGAGUGCACUAGCAUCAGAUGAAGCUUGCUGACAGCGUAAUGGCAGCUAAAACCUCGGAAGGCUCCAUCAAAUGGCAGCUCUGCUACGACAUCUCGGCCAGGACUUGGUGGAUGGAUGAAUUCCAUCCUUUCAUUGAAGCACUGCUGCCCCAUGUGAGAGCGUUUGCCUACACUUGGUUCAACUUGCAGGCCCGCAAGAGAAAAUACUUCAAGAAGCACGAGAAGCGCAUGUCUAAGGAAGAGGAGCGAGCCGUGAAGGACGAGCUGCUCAGCGAGAAGCCGGAGGUCAAGCAGAAGUGGGCAUCGCGGCUGCUGGCCAAACUCCGCAAGGACAUCCGGCCGGAGUUCCGCGAGGAUUUUGUGCUCACUGUCACCGGGAAGAAGCCCCCUUGCUGUGUGCUCUCCAACCCCGACCAGAAGGGCAAGAUGAGGAGAAUUGACUGCCUGCGUCAGGCGGACAAAGUGUGGCGCUUGGACCUGGUCAUGGUGAUUUUAUUCAAAGGUAUUCCGCUUGAAAGUACUGAUGGCGAAAGGCUGGUUAAGUCUCCGCAGUGCUCGAACCCAGGGCUGUGCGUGCAGCCGCAUCACAUAGGAGUUUCCGUAAAAGAGCUCGACCUGUACUUGGCCUACUUCGUGCAUGCAGAAACAGGACAGUCUGAAAGUCCGAACCAGCCCAGUGAAGGUGACAUCAAGGACCAGCCAGAAAAUGGGCACCUUGGCUUCCAGGACAGUUUCGUCACAUCAGGUGUCUUCACCGUCUCUGAGCUCGUGCGAGUCUCACAGACGCCCAUUGCAGCAGGGACGGGGCCCAACUUCUCGUUGGCAGACUUGGACAGCUCUUCCUACUACAGUAUGAGCCCUGGGGCCAUGAGGCGCCCCCUACCCAGCACUUCUUCUAGCAGUUCUGCAAAGCGUAUCAAAUGCAUGGAGGAUGAGGUGGACAGCCCAGGAGAGGAGUCCUACUACCCAGGUCAGGGACGCUCGCCUGGCAGCGGCAGCCAAGCCAGCAGCUGGCAUGAAGUGGAGCCAGCUGGAUAUAAACUGCGUGGCUCGCUAGCUAGUUCGUUCAUCUCAAGACAAGGGAUGCCAUCGCCUACCACAUUAAAGAAGUCAGAGAAGUCUGGUUUCAGCAGCCCUGUGCCUUCGCAGACCGCUUCCCCCCGAACGGCAUUCACACACCAUCAUCGACCUGUCAUUACAGGACCCAGAGCGAGUCCUCACGCCACGCCGUCAAGUCUUCAUUUCCCGACGUCGCCAAUCAUCCAGCAGCCUGGCUCGUACUUCUCCCACCACGCCAUACGCUACCACCCCCAGGAGACGCUCAAGGAGUUUGUCCAACUUGUCUGCCCUGACAGUGGUCAGCAAGCUGGACAGCCCAACGGGAGCAGUCAAGGGAAGGUACACAACCCGUUCCUGCCCACCCCAAUGCUGCCGCCUCCCCCACCUCCCCCGAUGGCGCGACCCGUGCCCCUGCCCGUGCCAGACUCCAAACCUCCCUCGACAUCCACCGAGGGAGGGGGCAACUCCCCCACCUCGCCAACCUACUCCACACCGAGCACGUCUCCCGCUCAGCGCUUUGUCAGCGUGGGCCCCAGAGACCCCAGCUUUGUAAAUAUCCCUCAGCAGCCUCAGUGGUACCUGGGCUAAAGACUCCCGACACGGACCGGCCGCUCCCGAGGUCACACGACCACCCCCUCUGUCUCCCCUGAGUACGACCCGCAAACAUGUACACCAGUCUGAACAGAGAGAAGCCACUUGCUGCCCCAGUACUGGACAGACCCACAGCAUGGCUCCAGCAGAACCCCGCCAAGCCCUGGAACAAGAGGAACCGACUCAACGCGCUUACACCCACUUACUAUAUAUCUAUAUAGUCCAUAUGUAUUCUUCCAUAUGUAUGGUUUACAUGCCUAUAUUCAUAUAUAGUAGCUGUCCAGCUCUUCUCCGGGUGGAGCUCGAAAAAAAAGAAGAGCUUUGUUUUCUCGGAAACGUGCACGUUUUUUGUUUGUUUGUUUUGUUUUGUUUUGUUGUAUUUUUUGGUUUACCCUCACAGAUAGACGAGGAAAACAUAACAUGACACAAUCAAAGAGCUUCCCGCAUCUGUGCCUGUGGUCUUAAAGAGAAGUCUGAGGCGUUUCGAAUCAAACACAGUCUACGGCCAAGGGUCAUGAACCCACAACCACCUGGAGGUCGGAGCUCUGCCUUUCAAUCACUCGUGUUUUGACGGAUCGAUCCGGUUUCGUAUCGUGAACGUUGGAGGUUUCGCCUGGGUCAGAUAUACCACCAGCUAAAAUCUCUAUUGCGUCUUCUGGCCAGGACCAUUUCCUCCCCCUUCCACCAUCAUCACCACCACCAUCAACACCAUGUCAGAUCAAAGAACCCUUUCAAGGACUCAACCGAACCCCUCGCUCCCAUUUUUUCUGUUGUUUUUUUGUCAUUUUGGGGCAGGCGAUGAAGAAGUCAUGAACGGUAAUGUUUGAUAUCAGGUCAUUUUACAGUAUACUAUUGGGAGAUCUCCCCACUUGGAGGCAUGUUCAUAUUUUGUGUUUUUCGUACAAAAAUCAUUGCGAUUCUUUCUACUAAACCCCAGCGGAAGGUCUGUCGCACAUCAAGGGCCGAGUGAAGGUUUGAUCUUCCAUAAACUUCAAGAAAAGGUUAACAGUGAAUACUGAUUUGAGGAAAGUGCAAUUUUGUUGGGUAGAUGUUGGAUUGUUAAAUAUCUUUGUAAGAUAGAUCAUUGAAGCGAUUGUUGAAAAGUAUAUAUAUAUAUAAAUAUAUAUAUUUUUCUUCCUAGUCCGUUCACACCUCCAGGACUCUAAAAUAUCGGGGUACAAAAAAAAAAAAAAAACGUAAAGAGAAAAAUAGAACAAAUAGCCUUGUGAGAAAUAAGGGGAGCUGUAAUUGAUUUUUCUAUUGUUGUUUUUUAUGUGUUUGUUUGUUCAUCUUUUCCUUUCUAGCAUUGUAGAACAAAUGUCCCUUUACGAAAUAUCACCGUUUAAAUAAUCAGUUUUUAGGAUUUCUGCUAGUUCGUUUCCAAAACGCUACAGCAAUUGUUUUAAUUUAACCGAGCACAUAAUGUACGCAGAAAAUGAGCAGUUUGUGAAAUCAUGAACGUAAAGAAAAACGUAAAAAUCAACUGCUUGAAUCCGUUCAAAUGCGAAAGCAAGGGGCGAAAUACUGAACCAACUUCCUCGCAAACACUUUUGAAAGUGUUGCGCAAAAAUGUGAAGAUCAAAAAAUGCAUCCAGCUUCCCUCGCAUGCAAUUUUGUUGUUUUUGAGUUUGAGUUUUUGUUCGUUUCCUGUACGAAAAAUAUAUAUAUAUAUAUACACACUUACAGUCUCAUCCACCGUCGAUCAAAGCUCAGUAAAGUUUUUAAAAAAAAAAUAAAAGAAAUAAUAAUCUGCAUGUUCUAGUGUUAGUGACAAAUUUUUACAUAGAUUACGUAGAGUUAAAGUAGUGUGAAAAUUAUUGUAAUCCCAACAUCGGGCACUUGCCGAUCAACUAUUUGUUUGGUCCCUUAAAAAAGGGUAUUUUUACUGCUGUUCUCACAAUCAACCAGCUAAACAUCUCUCUGACUCUUCUUAGCUUGUCGUCAUUUCGAUAACGUCUCCCUUCCUCCUUUAUUCCCGUCAGAACAAUCAUUUUCAUGUCUCAAGAGUGACAUACGCACUUCAUUGUCUCUUUUCAAACUGCACGAACAAUUCCACAUCGAUGUGCCUUGAGCGAUGGUCUAGUUCUGAGUUAUUGCACAAGCUGCAAUGUGGAGACUAUUUUUUUUUUUUAUGUUUUCACCCCACCUUCCACACGUAAUAACUUGGAGAAAGUGAAAUUAGCGCUGAUAAAGGUGUUUGCUAAUGAUGAUACACAGUAUUACUCUCCAUUUAACUACAUUUCGCCACUAUCGGUCGUCCAAUGCUUCGAAAAUCCCAUCGUUUUCACUUCAAUCGGUCGAAAGUCAAUCAUUCACCCUAGAAAACGUGUAACAGUGGUUUUUAUGUCAUCAAGCCCUUUUUUUCUCAGAUUUAACACUAGUGUAUUGAUAUUUAUGGAUGUUGCUGCAAUUUCUAAAUGACGACUACUUUUUCUUUUCAGUCUUCCUGUUUGUUUGGGGUUUUUUUUUUGUUUUGUUUGUUUUUUUCCAUUCCCAGAGAUGAAUAAUGAGGAAAAGAUUAAUAUGCAAUACUUGCUUGCACUCAUAAGGUCAUUUUUUAUUUUUGUUUUCACUUUUUAUUUUUUACCACCAAAGUGAGCACUUGACAGGUCAAGUGGCUGAACGUCAGUGUGCUUUUCAUGGCCAUGACACGAGAAAAUGGCAUUGAUCAGCCUCACUUGGGUUUCACACAAAUGAUCAUAAAUGUUUUCGCAUGUUUUCGUUUUUUUCGGUCAUAAUCAAGCCUUAAAAAACGAGGAAACUUCCUUUCCAUCACAAACACAUAAGCACGAACACGUCCAGGACAAAAAAUAUGCCCAGUUUUUAUGUACAUUUUGACGAAGUUCCAUGUUAUAUUAAUUGUUUACCUGUUUAUUUUCUAUUGCAUAUAUCAUUUAAGAAAAGAAAAUUAUGGGAAUGAGUUUCCCAGGCAUCUGAUGUGAUGGUUUAGUAGUUACACUUGUGUGGGUUGUUUGUUUGUUUUUGUUUUUGGUUUUUUUAGCGUGAUUUUUUUUUUUUUUUUUUUUUUUUUUUUUUUCAUUGUUUUUGCCUACCUUUUAAAAAUGAGUUGGGCAUUACUUUCUUAAUCGUCUGCACUAAAUAUAAAAUAAUGACAAUUGUGAUAAUUGAGAAAAAAAUACAGGAAAAAAUACAAAAAAAAAAGAAAAAAAAAAGCUUCCAGGGCUUAAAAGAGCGAAGGGAAACACGAUUGCACGGAUAUUUUUUUUUGUCACAAAAACCUUGUUUAGAGCAGCCUGGCAUCUAAUCAGCAAGAUUGGCUGUGUGUGUAAGAUAAUGACAGAAUUGCACCCUUUUUAAAGAAAGAAAAAAAAAGAGAAAAAGAAUUUCAAGCAAUAGUUUGGGCAGUCUGUUUUGUUCUCGUGUUGUGUGUGUAAUUUAGUUUUUUGGUACAACGUUGGAGAAGACGCGGGAGAAGCGAACAAACCGAAUCGAUUAGAUACGAGAGUUAGGGCGGACGCACCUGAGUAUGGGAGAUUUGAUGUUUGUAUAUUGUAUAGUUUUAUUAAUUACACUGAUUUUAAAGCUGCCCUAUUUUAUAAUGCAGGACUUUUGUAACAUUGAUUAAAUGAGGAAAAACUAGUGUUGUGAAUUUUCUGAUUGUUUGUAUUAAGGCCACAUAAAUAGAACUGGUUUUGUUUGUCCUCUGGGGAACUGGAUUUAAGUUGAAAACUUCCUGUUUCCUAUUUUUUUUUCUUUUGCUUUCCUUUUUGUAUGUAUUUAAGGACUUAUUUCUUCUUUCGAUGGUAUAGAAGUACUCCUAUACUUGAAAAGUGUAGGAUGCCGAGGUGAAAACCCCAUUGUAAAUGGAUGUUACAAGUAUGCUGUAUGUUUUGAAGGUUAUUUGUUGCAUCAGUGUUGAUGAAGCUAAAUCUAGAUAAUUCUGAAGAUGUUGGUAAGAAGAGAGCGUUUUUAUGCAUUUUAAAAUUAGUUUUAGGCAGAAGACAAUGACAUAGACAGCCAAAGGAUGCCCCUAUUAUAAAUGCAUCUAGGCAUCUUUUUGUGUUCACCAUUCCAUGCAGGAAAAUAAACCGCUUGAUAUGCAA